AUGGAGAAGAAAAAUUGUCAUACAAUAUUCACAAUUUGUUACAUUUGCCUGAUUGCAUUGAAAGCUUUGGUAAUGUGGAUAAUUUUUCGAGCUAUAAAUUUGAAAAUUACUUACAAGUUUUAAAGCAAGAUGUCCGUCAACCUACCAAAAUAUUGCAACAAAUAUAUGUAUAAUAGAUGUGCGGAACGACAUGCGUUUUCAGUAGAUUUACCCAAAGCAACAGGUUUAAAAAAUGUCAUAGAAGGAUCUGCUCUCUACAAAAAUUAUAAAACGGACAUGUUUAUACUUAGUUCUGAAGCACCCAAUAACUGUUGUUUUAUUAAACCUUUUAUCCCCGUCAGAGUUGUUGGAUUUUGUAAAGAAAAUGAAGAAGAAUAUGUUUUAGGGAAUAGAUAUACAGCAAUAGAGAAUUUUUUUGAACUACCAGUAAGAAGUUUGGAAUUGGAAUUGGAUUAGUGCAUGAUGACACUAAUGUAAAAAAAUUUAAUGUAAAAGAGUUAUUGUACAAGGCGAUGUGCUUGCCAUAUCAAGAUAAAAUGUUUUUUUUGCCAAUUCUUCAUCACUUCACACUUUAAUUAUCCUUUCAAUUGAAUAUGUAAAUUGAAACAUAUAAUAUAAAUAUAAUCGAUUUAGACUAAAUAUUCCAAAAUGUCAAAACGGAGCUACAUGAUGAUAAAUGACGAAAAUUCUCCACCUCGUGAGUGUGAAGAAGAAGUAAAACAAAUGAAAAACUUAAUUUGUGAGCUACAUGUAAAGAUGGAUAAACUGUUAGAUAAAGCAUUUCCGAAAUCUACAAGCCUGGACAUAUUUCCAAUAAAAAGCGUGGAAGAAAUGGAACAUUUUGAGGAAAAUGCUGAAAUGUUUCCAAAAAAAUACGUAAUUUGUAGCAUUAAAGAAUGUAUAGAUUCAACACCUAUUACAAAAUCUACAAUUUAUCAUCACAGAAGAGUGCUUGUUAGAAUACAAUUGGGAUGGGCUGCAGAAGAAAAAAUCAUAAAAAAAAACCAACUUAUUUGGAAAAUUUUAGUUUGAUGCUCUGAAGUCCUCCGAAUACGGCUCCCAAAUUACGAAAAUGAUAUUAAAAAAUCGAUACAAUUAAUAAAAAAUAGGGUGUAUAAAAAAACCUACGAUAAUAAAUCAAAAUAAUAUAUUGAUGAAUUAAAAGUCUUUCGUAUCAUUAUUAAACAGCUUAUUUUUAUUAAAACAAUAAGGCCUCAUUUACUCCUUUUUUAGA